AUGGCCCUCCGAUCGGUGCUUCGGGUGCACAGCAGGGGCGGAGUGCUAGGCACUGGCCGGAGUGCGACCCGCACAUUCAGCAGCGGCGCCGCCGGUGCCGCACGGCGGAUAAAGCUGUACGACACCACGCUGCGCGACGGCACGCAGGGCGAGGGAAUAAGCUUAUCGCUGCACGAUAAGCUAGCGAUCGCCGAGCGCCUCGAUGACAUGGGCUUUGACUAUAUCGAGGCGUGCGGCAUGACACGACGCAAGGGCAUCUCCGCCUCGAACGACGAGGGCAUGCUGGCGCUGCUGCGCUCGGAGGCGGAGGUGUGCACCAUCGUGGGCAAGACCUGGGACUUCCACGUCCGCGACGUCCUCCGCGUCAGCCUCGAGGAGAACCUCGAGAUGAUCGCCGACUCUGUCGGCUUCGUCGCCGCCUCGGGCCGGCGCGUGGUGGCCAACCUCACGCCCAACAACGGCGCGCCCUUCGUCGGCCGCUCCGCGUUUGCGCACAAGGGCGGGAUGCAUGCGCACGCCAUGGCGCUCGCUCCGGAGUCGUACGAGCACUUGCCGCCGGACACGGUCGGCAACACGCGGCGCGCGCUCGGGCGCGUGCUCGUGUCUGAGCUGUCCGGCAAGUCGAACAUCGCCGCGCUCACCUCCACACACGGCGUCGUCGACUCGGAGGUGACCAAGGCGGUGCUGGCGGAGGUGCAGCGGCGCGAGGCGCUCGGCUACCAGUACGAGGCGGCGGACGCGUCCUUCGCCCUGGUGGUGAGCAAGGCGAUGCGGAACUUCACGCCGCACUUCAAGCGCAUCCGGUACCAGGUCGAGGUGUCGGGGUACGGCUCCAUCCGGCACGGGUCAAACUCCUACGCGCGCUCGGCGGCGCGCUCGGCGGUGGACGCGUCACACAUGGAGUACGAGCGCUCCGAGGCGACCGUCAAGCUGGCCCUGCCCGGCGGCGGCUACAUGCACGAGGUGGCCGAGGGGAACGGCCCGGUGGCGGCGCUCGACGCGGCGCUGCGCAAGGCGCUCGAGCCGACGUACCCGAACCUGCAGGACCUGCACCUCACCGACUACAAGACCUUCUCCACCGUCGGCGUGGGCACCAACAUCAUCGAGGCGUCCUGGCGCGCGCUGGUGGACGCGUUUGAGUACAAGCUCUCGCGCGACGACGCGGUCUGGGCGCAGCUCGAGGGGCACGAGCCAGAGGCGGUCGAGGCAGGCGACGUCGAGGCGCGCUUUGCCGCGGACUGGAAAACCGGCCGCUCCGUGCAGCGACCGGCGAACGCCCGCCACGCCGCCGCGCAGAGCGCCCAGCCGCAGCCGCCGCCGCCCCCCUUCGAGGCGAGGGAGCAGCAGCAAUCGUGA